AUGGACUCACCAAUGGAGUUUUGGGGCGUUGAAGUUAAAGUUGGAGAAUCUGUUAAAGUUGAUCCAAAUGAUGAUUUUGAGGGAUACAUCCAUAUUUCAAAGGUUGCACUUGGAGAGGUUAAGAAAGGAAAAACAAGUGAACCUGUUGUUGUGUACGUGAAAGUUAAAGAUCAGAAGAUUGUUCUGGGAACUCUUAAUAAGGAUGAGAUUCCUCAAAUUUCCCUGGAUAUAGUUCUAGACCAGGAGUCUGAACUUUCCCACAAUUCAAAAAAUGCUGCUGUUUAUUUUUAUGGAUACAAGGUUUUCCGCCCUGAUGAAGAAUCUGAAGGCUCUGACUCUUCUGAUAGUGAUGAAGAACUUGCUCCUUUGAAGGAACAUGCUCAAGAAGUAAAGGUGGAGGCUGAUAAAUCUGUAAAACCUACGGCUGAAGUCGAUGCAUUGACAAAGCAAGUCAAGGUUGUUGAUCCAGUGAAACAUGAAGAUGAAUCUGAUGAUGAAUCAGAUUCAGAUUUUUCUGAGGAUGAAAUUUCUGAUGACGAGAUUGACACUGAUAGUGGUGAGAGUGAGAGUGAACAAGACGCUACUCCUAAAGCUCUUGAUACUGAUACUACUGAUACUGACGGUGAUACUGAUAGUGAAGAGGAGACUCCUGCUAAGAAGGUGGUGACUCAGGGCAAGAACAACAAGAGAGGAAUUGGUGCUGGAUCACAAACUCCAGUUCCCGCCAAGAAAGCUAAGAAUGCUACUCCUGAAAAGACUGAUGGUAAAAAAGGUGUACAUAUAGCAACUCCCCACCCUACAAAGCAGGGUGGAAAGUUUAAUCAGAAUGCUGCAAAGGGCCAGACUUCCAACUCUAGCAAGUCUGGUCAACAAAGUAAAAAGUCUAAGCAAGGCCGUCGGUGA